AAAAGGUGGCUUUCACAGUAGUGCCAUAGAAGAACCAUUUUUGGUUCCACAAAGAACCUUUAAGGAACAGUUCAGUUCCAUUUAUUUUUAUUAGUUUGAAGAACAUUUUAAAACUCUGAAGAAUCUUCUUCCAUUAUAGAGAACCUUUUGUCCGUUUGAAAGGUCCCUCGGAUGUUAAAGGUUCUUUGCCAUAGAUGUCACAGAAAUGGACUGCACAAAAAUUCUUAUUUGGGAACGCACAGCCAUCUACCACUGAUCUUUUAAUGAUCUUUCUUCUAGCCUGGUCAUCUCGGACCCCUUCUAUUAGAGGUUGCACUAUUAAUCCUUGUUAAUAAGGGUCCAAGAGUUCCACAUAUCAUUCAGCUGCGGGACUAGCAGGACCAGCCUGAACACUACAUGGUCUUGGAACGCCCCUCACCCUGCAAAGAUCUAUGGGAUUUUUUGGAGGUCUGUGGAGGUGCCCUUGUUGAGGACAUAGCAUGGUUUGUCGUCGCAAAGGCAACAGCGGCCGUUGACAUCAGCUGUCGCCGUGUAGUGUUCCACCAUAACAUUAAGCUGGAGAAUCUUCUGAUCAACACAGAAACCCUUAAAGUCAAACUGAUUGAUUUCGGAUGCAGGGAUCUCCUGCAAGAAUCUGGCUACAAUAGAUUCUGUGGAACACUGGGAGUGCUCUUAUUAAGACUAGUGUGUGGGCGCUUUCCAAAACCCAGAGACAUGCAGAUGAUAAAUGAUGACAUCUGGUGGGAGCCUGGUUUGUCAAAGCGUAAUCAAAUAGACAUGAAGACAGAAGGAAAAUGUAAAUAGUGCAAAUGAAAUGGAAACUUUAUUUGCAUUAUUUACUGCCACAGUUCCAGAGUCCGUGAUCUGACAUGAGUGGCCAUCGCUCCAUGUGAAAGCUGUUCCUGCCACAGCCACCCCAAGUGUUUUGGCGGGCUGACAUAGGUGGUCCAAGCCUCCAAGCCUUGUUAGCUUGGAGGCUUGGUUUGAGGCAGUAAUAUUUGUAUCUGGCAAGAUUGCAUAUUUGGUGACUGCAUACGUAAAUGCAAUGUAUGACCCAAUGUCAACACUAUUCUGCAUGUGACGACCUAGGGUGUAAAACAAAAAUAUUUCAUUUAAUAACAUUAAAUAUAA